UGAGAAAUAAUUAAAAAACAAAAAAAGACCUUGACUUCAUAACAAUCCUUCUAUAAGAAAUCCAAUCCUUCUUGUGUUCUUUCAUUGGAGUGACCAAAAUAGGACUAGAUUAACAACAAUGGAUGAGACUUUUCUUGGCAUAGAUCUUAACGUCAGUCCCUACUACAAAACGGAUGAUACCCCACAGAUGAAUGAUGAUAUGCCUGAGGAACUAAACCAGAUGCGCUUAAAGAACAAGAAGCUAAGGGAGAUGAUAACAGUUGUGUUGGAGAACAGCAAUUCCCUCCAAAAUCAUGUUAACAAAUUAAUGCAAGAACACGAUUUAGUUGCCUCUAAUACAAACAAAAGGAAGUUUAGUGAGUGUGACGAUCGCAACUCCUUUGAGAGCAGGAAGAGUCUUCAUCAAGAGUCGUUGAAAAGUAGAAACGACGGCGUGACAAAAGUUUAUAGACGUACAGAUCCAUCUGAUAAAAGCAUGAUAAUAAAAGAUGGUUAUCAAUGGAGAAAAUACGGGCAGAAGGUUACCAGAGAUAACCCUUGUCCUCGAGCUUACUACAAGUGCUCCUUCGCACCAUCCUGCCCAGUCAAAAAGAAGGUACAAAGAAGCGUGGAUGAUGAAGGUCUUCUAGUCGCCAUUUAUGAUGGAGAGCACAACCACGAAAACGUAGAGAGUGAACACAAGCUAGCUAGUUACGAAAGAUUCAAAUCUCCAAAGGAGGUGGGGAGCUUUGAUGCGAUCUUUGUUGAACAGAUGGCUAAUUCCUUACGAAAAAACUCUGAUUUCAUUGAAGAGCUCGCUGUAGCCAUCUCUUCGAAGAUUUUACAACACGAUGUGUUUUAAGCAUGCCGAUAUCCAUACGAACACCUUCUAGAAAAAUGUCCCGUAUAUACAACUGUACUAAUAUAUUUUAAAGGAUAUUCAUGGAUUUCUACGACUUUUUCUUAGAGAACAUAACCCAAUAAUAUCAUGUGAUAACUAUAUUCUUGGUCA